UUUAUCCCCCUCUUCCAAGUAAACAAGGCCCGAAGUAAAGACCUGGCCGCACUUGGGCCAUCUAAUUCGCAACACGCCGGCCACACCACCGCGCAUCGACAACGCCGAUGGCCGUUUUGGUUCCUUCUGUCCUCGCGAUGGCCGCUGGAGACUCCGACGACUCGCCGAGCGUCUUUCUACCCCGACUCGUAAACGGCGCCUCGCGGCUGGCCGUCUCCAAGCCUUCCUGGGUCGUCCGAACGGCGUCUAAUGUCCGAAGAGAGAAAAUGAAGAAGCCAGAUCCACCCUGCGUCGUCUGUGCUGGAAGUGGAAGAAUUGAUUGCCACAAUUGCCAAGGAAGAGGGAGAACAAAUUGCCUGGAACUGGCCAUGCUUCCCAAGGGUGAAUGGCCAAGAUGGUGCAAGGUUUGCAGUGGGAGUGGACUUGACUACUGUCACCGAUGUCUCGGAACCGGAGAGUACCGUGAUAUAAUGGGGUUUCAUCUUAGGAAGAUGAAGCCUCCUCAAAGAUUAGGCAACCCAAUGGACGACCAUGGAACUGCUAGGGGCGUUCAUUCGACUGGAGAUGGUAGUUGAUAAUGGAGGAAAUCAAAUGGCAGUAGACCAAAAACAUCAACAACAAUUCAUAAUGCAAGAAUAGAAAUAGAAAUAGAAAUAGAAAUAGUUCUUUUAUCUUUGAAAGUGUUGGUGUGAAAUUGUAUGUAACUUGGUAAAAAAAUAAAAAGUUUUUGUACAAUAACAUGUAAAUUCAAUAUUUGUUUUUUUUAAUGCUAAUUAGAAUAAUGCUGUUCCAAUA